AUGGCAAAUGGUAGCCAAACAAGUCCCGGCAGUGCAAGCAAGGCCUACGCAAAAGAUACUCUGCGACCCGUCACGAUCAAGCAAAUACUGGAUGCCAAAUCAUUAGGAGACGAUCAGUUCGAGAUCGACGGAGCCGCUAUUGGCCAGGUGACUUUCGUGGCCCAGAUCCGCAACAUCUCGACCCAAGCCACGAACGUCACAUACAAGGUGGAGGAUGGAACCGGAGGACUGGAUGUCAAGUAUUGGUUGGACACGGAGAAACAAGAGAUGGAUGCCGAGGGCAAGAAAUCAUCGGCGCUGGUGGAGAACGGCUACUGUCGCGUCUUCGGAAAACUGAAGGAGUUCAACGGCAAGAAGCAUGUUGGUACCACCAUCAUCCGAGCGGUUACCGAUCUGAACGAGAUCCAAUACCACCUCCUCGAAGCGACCUCCGUACACAUGUAUUUCACCAAAGGCCCGCUCGACAAGUCCGGCAUACCAAAGAAUGCCACCAGUGGCGCCCAGAAUGCGGGAGUGAACAACGACAUGAACAAUGCCACGAACACCGGAACCGGGCCCCAGGUACCACCUGGGUCGUCGACCCGCGCAAAGAAGUUGUUCGCUGAGAUUCAAAGUUCCGGCGUUACUGAAGGGUUGCACAUCCACGACCUUGCCACAAGGAUGCGCAUGAACCUUAAAGAAACACAAGAUGCUGCAGAGGAGCUUGCGGGAUUGGGGCUGAUCUUCACGACAGUGGACGACAGCACUUGGGCUAUACUUGAUAUGUAA